AAUGGAUCCGCUUUUGGCGUCCGUUUUCAAACCUUGAAAAAUUGCCCCCACUAGAGCGAUAGUCCACCAAAAGUUCUUAUCGACAUCAACGGGAGGGGCACUAAAUAUCAACCUUCUAUUGCUUCAACCACGCUUGAGUCGGCCUUUUCAAAGUUGAUUUGUCGCCAUUAUCAACGAGUACAAGGUCAGCUGGAAAGAAAAUCAACGAAUAUGGCGACGGCCACGAUUACGGCGACUGCUACGUCGCAGAAAAAGACUGUCGAGCUUGCGCCAGAGAGCGAGCGCUUCCUGCGGUGCUGCGCAGAUCUCGCCAACGCUUUGAUUGAAGAUCAUGAGGCUACCAAGAAUGGACGACCGGGAAGAGAUAUCAACCUCAACUCUCUGCGCGCGAAGCUGGCCAAGAAGCACAAGCUGGCCAAUAUUCCUCCUCUUACGGCCAUCAUUGCUGCAAUUCCCGAACACUACAAGAAAUACAUCCUCCCUAAGCUGAUUGCAAAGCCGAUCCGAACAUCUUCUGGUAUUGCUGUUGUCGCUGUCAUGUGCAAGCCGCAUCGAUGCCCACACAUUGCCUACACUGGCAACAUUUGCGUUUACUGCCCAGGAGGACCCGAUUCAGAUUUCGAAUACAGCACACAAUCCUAUACCGGAUACGAGCCCACCUCAAUGAGAGCUAUCCGCGCUCGUUACGACCCAUUCGAGCAGGCGCGAGGCCGAGUGGAUCAGCUCAAGUCCCUGGGACACUCUGUGGACAAAGUUGAAUAUAUCAUCAUGGGAGGAACCUUUAUGUCGCUACCUGAGUCAUACCGAGAGGACUUCAUUGCCCAACUACAUAAUGCCCUGAGUGGAUAUCAGACAUCCAAGGUUGAUGAGGCGGUCGAGGCCGGAGAAAUGAGCAACAUCAAAUGCGUAGGCAUCACCAUCGAGACACGGCCGGAUUACUGCCUGCAGCCUCAUCUUACGGACAUGCUGAGAUACGGCUGCACACGAUUGGAGAUUGGAGUGCAGUCUCUGUAUGAAGAUGUUGCCCGAGACACAAACCGAGGCCAUACGGUGGCGGCCGUGGCAGAGACAUUCUGCUUGGCCAAGGAUGCAGGCUACAAGGUCGUCAGCCAUAUGAUGCCUGAUUUGCCCAACGUGGGGAUGGAGCGUGAUCUUGACCAAUUCAGAGAAUAUUUUGAAAACCCUGCUUUCAGAACUGAUGGUUUGAAAAUUUACCCGACUCUAGUUAUUCGAGGCACCGGCCUCUAUGAGCUGUGGCGGACGGGAAGAUACCAAAAUUACACACCCAACGAACUUAUCGAUCUGGUGGCACGGAUAAUGGCCCUCAUCCCCCCAUGGACUCGUAUCUACCGUGUCCAGCGAGAUAUUCCCAUGCCUCUAGUCACCUCUGGUGUCGAGAACGGAAAUCUGCGCGAGCUGGCAUUGGCAAGGAUGAAGGACUUCGGUACCACAUGCCGAGACGUAAGAACUAGAGAAGUCGGAGUCAAUGAAGUCAAGCACAAGAUUAGGCCAAACCAGAUCGAACUGGUUCGCCGAGACUAUGCUGCCAACGGCGGAUGGGAGACAUUCCUCGCUUAUGAAGAUCCAAAGCAGGAUAUUCUCGUCGCUCUCCUGCGGCUCCGAAAGUGCACCGAAAAAUACACUUACCGAGAGGAACUGAUUGGUCAGCCUACCAGUAUGAUUCGAGAGCUUCACGUUUACGGUACUGCUGUGCCAAUUCAUGCGCGUGACCCCCGCAAGUUCCAGCACCAAGGUUUCGGUACACUGCUUAUGGAAGAGGCGGAGCGGAUAGCAAGAGAGGAGCACGGCAGUGACAAGAUAAGCGUCAUCUCGGGCGUUGGUGUGAGGAGCUAUUACAAGAAGCUCGGCUACUGGCUGGAUGGACCGUAUAUGAGCAAGUGGCUCGACGGACGUGAGCAGAAGCCAUGA